AUGGAAACGUUCAAGCCUAUCAUUACUCAACAUAACGGCAUCCCACAGCGAGUCGAAUGGGGAUUCAUGCUCGAGAAUACGUUCUUUAAGACGUUUGAAAAACACAAUCAACACAUCAUCGAGCGUAAUUAUCAUGAAGUUUCUCAGCGCGUUGGCAGCAAUUACGUCGAUAUUACAGACAAAAAGCUUGGUAGCAAUGCACGCGUUUAUUUCGGCGUAGAACAAAUUCAUCUGCGUAUGCCCGGAACACGGUACUACGUGCAGCGGCGGCUAACACCGCUUGUAUCUUAUUCUUCACCAACGGGAGCUACCGCCAUUUCCGCUGCAGCUGUCCAUCAGAAGAGCCACCAAGCAGCUACUUGGACUUCUUCGCCACCACAAAAUCCACGUCCCUCUACGUCAUCACCAGCAAGCCUGAUGUAUGCUCGAAGAUCUAAUGGUAUACGGUCCCGAGAAAGUAGCUCCGCCACAUCUGUCAGUAGCAAUAACUCGGUAUUGAUGACUACAGUUGCUUCUACUACCGCUAAUACCGGUGGUUACAUGCGUAAUUCAUCCGUCCGCCGAAGCUCAAGACGAUACGGCAAGGGGAAAGUCAAUAACAGCGCAGCAACACAGUACGCUAGUCGUGUCCAACCGUCAAAAAGCGCAAGAACGAUUUCCAACUAUCCUACGCCACCAGCAACUACAACAGCAAGCCCAGGAGCGCUUGAUGACUUUGACUGGGACAUCGUUCCUCGUUUGGCUCAAAAGCCAUCCCAAGACUGGUCACUAUCGACAUCGUCAUCUACUCCAUCGCCAACUUCACCGCCCUCAUCACCUGGACUCGCUAAUAAAGAACCAAUGGUUGCUUCGCAUCAGCAAGCAGAACUUCCAAACAUGCAGCCUUUUGCGCAGCCAUCACAACACUAUCAUCACCGCCAACAACCGCAGAUUAAAGCAGCUUUGGGAACAGCCAACGGAUACUAUCAGCCGACAACCGCAACGUUAACAACCAUGCCAUCUGCAACUACAAAUUCCACUAUCAAUGGCAAUGUCUCUGCUCCUACAAUGACGACAACAGCUACUAGUCAAUUUCCUAUACCAGCUGUGAUUGAUAAUAACUACAGCAGCUUGUCUUUGAAUAGUAUGAGCGAUUACGACGUUGUCAGUGCGCUCAGCAUGAUGUCAAUGCCUGUUUCUUCACAAGACCCCGUGCAUCAACUCCAUCAAGUAGACUUUUUGCCGCAGCAACAAAUGCAACAACAACAACAACAACAGACGUCGAUGUUCUUGAAUCAGCUGCCGCUUGGGGCGGUAGCAGCAACAGCAGAACAAGUUUCAAAUUCUUACUGGCCUUGGCCAAUGGUACCGACCGCUACAACAAGCAUGCAACAGACAUUUGCAGCUGGUACUGCAGAUCUCCAGUCUUGUAAUAACACUCACAACAACGCAUUCCACCCACUUUUUGCCGAUGAAAGCCAACUGACCUGGUACACAAACAAUCAAGCGAGUUCCUUGGGUUUUAACUAUCAGUAA